GGAAUUCAAAUUCCUGUUGAUUGCCUUCAUGGUGGCGAUAUUUUUGGCUCAGUACGAAGCUUCAUCAAAGACCUGUCCUCGCUGGGUAAAACUGAAUAAGUCGCCCGUCUGCUUCGGUGCGCGGGGAGACCAGUUUGGUCGUUUUUCCUACCAUCGAAACAUCUUCGUGAGCUCGUUCAUGCUCGUGCACCGCUCGGGAAAGGUGUCGUCCAAUAGUCGCAAUUACAAUUACUGGGGAGGAACUUCCGGUGGUCUAGAUCUACAGCUUGGCGUCCUUUUGACCGAUCAGAGCAAUAAAUUACUGGCUCCACAGUCGUCGAUCGUCUCCAAGUAAGGAUGGUACAAACUGGCAGGUUACAGCGGUUCGUCCACAGUCCUUCUGUUCUGUGUCUCAAAGAAGCCUCAGUGCGUCUUUGCCAACAGUGAGUUGCGUCUGUGGUAUGGAGAGGAUUUGCGCGGCCCUGCAAGCGAAAGUGAUAAUCGUGGUAAAUCAUGUGCAGACGUGUACGGCCUAUUGGCUUAAGCCGAAUGAAGAGCCACAUCCCAGAUAUUACCUGAGAUUGUACUUUUAUAGAAAAUUAUAAGAGCUCUGUAGUUUUUAAACCGGAUUUGCUAAGAAUAAAGUAGUUUAAAGUAGUUGGUGCCGAUAUGAUGCAUUUUUUCUAUCUGUUUCCCCCGCACUGAGUUUAAUUUCCUACAGACUAAUGAUUUGACAGUAAAGCCGAAUAUAACCUUGUAGCCCCUUACCACCAUAUAUGGCCUAUAACAUAAUUUCUCCCCGACAAUGGAUUUCAAAAUGUAAAACAGAAAUCAAUCCGUGUUACAUCUUACCAGGAUGUAUUAAAAUGAAGUUUCUGCACGGAGGCCGCAAAAAUUCACUCAAAAAGAAAGUAGAAAAGCACAGCGGUGCUUAUUCAAACAUAAUCUGCACUGUUUUUCGAUCGUCAAUCAUACAAAAAAUCAUGUAAAAACGUAACUGGAAAGUGCCAAAGUAGAGCACGAAGCAGGAGAGGAAGUAGGAAAGGGGUAGGGAGGGAGGGAAGAGGAUAUUGAGGACGCGCGGGGGGGUUGGGGGCUUAAAUCUUUUUGACGGCAGGAAAGGAAGAUGCCAAUUUUAUAAAUUGUCACUUUAGGAUUAUGUAUUUGUAGGAUUACUGAUAAUAUACAAAGUCAGCCCCUAUCUCCAAGUUUAAAGAAGGACGUUUCAUUAUUAAUGUACUAAAAAAUCAAUGUCUCGGUAUUUUGUGAAGUAACAAGAUGAGCUUUUUUUUUAUUUUACAUACUCUUUUUGACUCUCAUUGACACCAAAUGAUUAUGGAUUGUUUUCAUUCUGAUCAUCAUUCUCAUCACCAUCACCAUUAUCAUGACGAAAAUCAACCAACCUUUUUCAUUUUUCAUAGCUUACCGCGUUUUCCAAAAACACACGAACUCUGAAGUUCAAAAGCUAACAACUGUUUGUGUUUUUCCCUGCCGUCAAUCAUCAUCUUCACCGGACCUCUUAGCAAACAGAACUUUUCUUAAACGGGUUCAAAAGGUCAUGGUUUGUGAUCUGUGAUUGGUGGAUCUCUGGAUCCGUUUUAUGUGUUUCUGUGUUUCAAGGUUCGAUGCUUGUGAUCUUACUAGUAAUAAUGAUAGACUGCAAAACAGUCGGGUUUUUUUUUUCUCAAAAUCAGAGAGAAAUCGGCAAAGCGUGGCGUACCGGAGUCUUACGCGCGCGAAGCGCGAGAGCCUUACACACCCGUAGGGUAUGUGAGGCGUAAUGUGAGGCGUCUCUCCCAGUCUCGCUCUCCGUUUUCAGCCUCGUUCCAGACCUUUUGUUUUACGACUCGCGCGUACUUUAAGACGCCAAAAUACGGACUGUUAUGCAGUCUAUAAUCAGAGAAGAUUGGGCAGCAGUUCGCAAAGGAUCAUGGGGCGAAUUAUUAAGGAGCCCAGUUACAACGAUACCGUCGAGCUAGAACGAUCUCCGCGAUUCACGCCCUUUUGCCGAUGUUAGUCACAAUUUUGCCAGAAUUCAGAAUAUUUUGGCACAAAAAGUUUAUUCCUUUAAAGAUGUUAUAAAUUUCUCGCGGCAAAGUGGUCGAGAUGCUUUUAAAACAUGUUAUUUGGCGUCGUCGAAAGUUAGCCGGGUUUACUAAGACAUCUUGCAAGCAAAGCAAGCUGUGUCAACUAUGCGCGUUCACCUUUCCAGACAGCGAUGGUUAUUGCGAAUACACAUUCCACUGAUAGAUUAAGAAUUUGAAUGAUGGUCAACAAUGUAAUGGGCUAGACAAAUGUCCCACAGAUUUGAGAUACAACUAGGUCUCGAUCACUUAGCUUUAAUUGAUCAAUGGUCCACUUGAGGUCAUUCUUUGGAUUGCUUAUUUGAAAUUUACAAGCUAAGUAAGCUUAUACUCGAUUCUUGAAGACCUUCUCAAGGACUGAAGUAAUAAAUGAAAGUGUAUUAUUGAACUGAAUGAAUGCUAGGUACAUACAAGACAGCUUUGGCAAAAGUAAGUUUUUUUGGGACUGGACCACUAGGUACUUCAAUUAUAAUUAGAGGUAAAACCCUGAGUAAAUUCCUCAUAAAAAAAUUACAUUACUUUUAGAGUUACGAUAUGGGCUACUGCAAUAGAACAAAGUAAAUCGCAUGCAUUCUCAAAGAAUCCUACAGAUAUGAGAUUCCCUCUCUUUCUCAGUAUUACUAUAUAUUUGAGUAAUGACCACACUUCCAUUUCAAGUGUAAAGGCUUGAUUCUCUGAUGUUUUGACUAAUUAGCUAUGAUUACAAUCAGAAAGCAAAAAUUAUACUGCGAUUUUUAAAUUGACCGUGGUACUACGAAAGUCAAAAAAUAAAAAAGGUUUGCCAGUGAUCAAACAAUGCAGUCUUAAAAGAGAAUAAUGACCCGGUCACAAGGAUUCAUUCAAAUUUUUCUACUUCCAGUCCACUCCUCACAACGUUCCUCCAUUAUUAGUAUUCAAUCGUCUCGUCCCGGUCGCGUUCAGUAAAUUAAGCCGGGCCAUCCGUCCUAGCGUCUCAAAAAUGCCGCGACGAUUUAACGGAAUAACUACCGAGAAAGCAAAGAACAAUAAGUAUAUCGUUUUGAGCGAAUUGUGAUCAUAAUGUACCGGUAGCCAGUGUAAAAUAGCCACAGAUGAUAAAAAGCGAUAAGCACGACUAUUCAGAGCCCCUUUGUGACAACGCACAACUGACAGCAAGAGACAAUGUAUGCUAUCUUGACAUGAGUGCCUUUCAGGAUCGCUUAGAUUUUAUCUUACGGGUACACUGUAUAUUUCUCGUAACCAGCCUAAGGGAGCAUUUGAUCGUCUCUGUACUCCUGAAGGUGAAUACAAAGUAAGAUCAUUUCAAAUCAGCUCUUCCGUCAAGAUUUGGGGGCUAAACAGUAAAACGACGCUUUACACAAUACAAUAUUGUCUACGACGAUUUUAAAAAUGUUGCUGUACACUGUGCAUGCCUGGAUAAGUGACUUCCAGAAUCAGAACGGCACCCACUUAUUUUUGGUUCGGAUUUCAGUCAAUCAAGCGCACCCUAAGUCAUAGCAAGUAACCGCCGUUACUUCUUCGGUAUUGACCCGAUUCGCUUCAGCAGACUGAAACCAAUCACCCGUUAUGAAUAAAAAUAGGAAAUUAACGGUUUUCCACCGUUUUGCAUAUUAACGUGUAAAUUCGGGUUGUGUCUCACGGAUCGGAAAUCGGAGUUAAGAAAAUAAAAACCAAAACAGUAGCGUUAAUAUUCUCAUUCAUCCGUACAAUAAAGGCUGCUGGAAACUGGCGGACUAAGUCCUUCACUGAAACUCCAGCAUUCCUGAAGAACUUUAACAAUUCUCGUCGUGAAAAAGGAAACGUUAUUGAGCUAGCUUGAAGGUCGAUAUUCUCCAGACCUUUGCUGACGUGACGACAGCACCAUAACUGAUACCCUUCAAAAUUCAUGUGUUGAAUUAGAUUCCCAUUUCCCAAGAUCUCUAUUUUCUUAGAUUAUCUUUGAAUGAAAGUUUAUGCUAGAAGAAAACUUUCCUUUCUUUCUUCCAAAAUGGACGGAUCGAGUCAGGAACUAUUGUAAAUAAUCAUAGGAUUUACCCGCUGGUUCAGAUCAGUGUUCUUGUUUGUUGUUCAAGAAACCUCACUUCCCUUUCUGUAGAAAUGCCGAAGAAGAACCCUUAUGAAUAAUAUUUCGCAUGUUGAUAUAGGCAAAAAAUAGACUUGUAUGUAUGAAUUCUGCUGGUAAAAGGGGGUUUUCUUCCUACCGGUAUAUUAGUACUCAAGCCAAACCGAACAAUGUACUAGGUAAGGUGGACUAAAUCUGUGCCCUCGCACUUCUCUUUUUUCUAAUAUUUUUACUCAGCUGAAAUUCAAGAAAUGGAAUUCAAAUUCCUGAUGAUUGUCAUAAUGGCAGCAAUGUGUCCGUUUAGAAACGAAGCGUCAUCAACGACCUGUCCUCGCUGGGUGAAACUCAACAAGUCGCCUGUCUGCUUCGUCGCCAAGGGAGAUGAUUUUAGCCGUUUUUCCUACCCUAAAAACAUCUUCGUGAGUUCGUUCAUGCUCGUGCACCGCUCAGGAACUGUGACGUGUGACAAAAAACACUACAGCUGCUGGGGAUGUGCUCCUGAUGUAAACGUUUUUAGUGUCCUGUUGACCGAUUAGAACAACAAGAUACUGGCUCCAGAAGCAACACCACCUGUCGACAAGGCGGGAUGGUACCAUCUGGCAGGAUACAGUUCUUCUUCCUCGGUCCUUGUGUUCUGUGCCAAAAAGAAGCCUUAAUAGGGCCAUUUAUACGAGGAAAAAUAAGACGCGUCUUACAUAAGACGCGUCUUAAAUAAGACGCGAACUGUACCAUUUAUACGAGCAUGUCUUAUCUAAUAAGACGCGUCUUAGCUAAGUCGCGUCUUAUUUUAGACCAAAUGUGCCGUUUAUACGGAAAGUUCGCGUCUUAUUUAAGACGCGUCUUAUGUAAGACGCGUCUUAUUUUUCCUCGUAUAAAUGGCCCUACUGUGUCUUUGCUAACCGUGAGCUGCGUCUGUGGUAUGGUGAAGAUUUGCGCGCCCCUGAUAGCGAGAGUGACAAUGGGGGCACAACGUGCGCAGAUGUGCACGGACAGCCGGCGUAA